CUGGGAGUAGUAGUUCAGGGGCUCCAACGUGCCGCGCAAGGCUUUUUCUUCUGCUUUGGUUGGAGCAAACAACUGAAAGGGAAGGUGGACGAGAAUGUUCCAGGAGAGCAGAAAUCCAUGCUGGGAGGAAUAAGUCUGAUCUGAGGCCUCUCAAGCUAAUAUUUCAGGACAGAGACCAGAUACUGACAUCAAGAAGAGGAUCCUGGAGUAGUUUCUGAUUAUUCAACCUAGUAAGAUCAGGACUUGGUGAAGUGAGCACAUCUAGAGAGCAGUGAGCAAAGAGUUGACUAUGAAGGAUCAGAUCAAAGUUCCUGAAGAGAAAGGUUUGCCUUUGCAGGACUCCAGCCUUCCACAAGGGGGAAGCACAGAGAAGGAGGAUAUGGUUCCUGGGCUCCUGCUAUCUAGGCUUCAGGAAUUGGUGACAUUCGAAGAUGUGGCAGUGGACUUCACCCAGGAGGAGUGGAAACACCUAGAUCAUGCUCAGAAGGACCUGUACAGAGAUGUGAUGCUGGAAAACUAUAGGAACCUGGUCUCUUUGGGCCAUCAAUUAUCCAAGCCAGAUGUAAUAUCUAAGUUGCAACAAGGAGAAGAGCCCUGGAUAGUGGAGAGAGCAAUCCCAAGAGGCACCUGCCUAGAUUGGGAGACUAAUCCUGGAAUUAAAAAGUCAAUUCUAAAGCAGGAAGAAGAAUUAACACAGGAAGCAAUGAUGGAAAGAUUCACAAGAGAUGGUUUUUGGUAUUCCAAGUUAGGAAAACCUUUUGAAUGGGAUAACCAGUUGGGGUGUCAUAAGGGAAUCCAGGAGAAACAAUUGAGGCAGACUACUAUCAGCCACAAGAAAACUUUCACUGGGAAGAUAGGCCCUGAAGGUAAUGAGUUUGGAAUUAGCCUUAGUCUGAGUUCAAUCCUUUUUACAAAACAGAGAGUUCACAUAGGAGAUCAUAAACUUCACAAAGAUGGAAAGAUCUUCAAACAUAAUUUAGAUCCAAUUAAACAUCAGAGAAUAUACACAGAGAAAAAACAACCCUAUGGAUGUAAUGAAUGUAAGAAAGCUUUUAGUCAACAUGAGCAACUUAUUCAGCAUCAGAAAAUUCAUGUUGUAGAGAAACCAUAUGAAUGUAAUGAAUGUGGUAAAGCCUUCAGUCGGAGUACAAACCUUGUGCAACAUCAGAGAAUUCAUACUGGAGAGAAGCCAUAUGGAUGUAAUCAAUGUGGCAAAGCUUUCAGCCAGCGUGCACACCUUCUUCAGCAUCACAGCACUCACACUGGAGAGAAACCUUAUGAAUGUAUUGUAUGUGGGAAAACCUUCAGCCAGAAUACACAUCUUAGUCAGCAUCGGAGAAUUCAUACUGGAGAAAAACCUUAUGAUUGUAAUGAGUGUGGGAAAGCCUUCCGUCAUCUUUCUUCUCUUACUCAGCAUCAAAGAAUUCAUACAGGAGAGAAACCUUAUAACUGUAAUCAAUGUGAAAAAACUUUUAGGCGAUGUACAGAGCUUACUCAACACCUUAGAAUUCAUUCUGGAAAUAAGCCGUAUGAAUGCAUUGAAUGUGGGAAAGCCUUCAGCCGAAGUACACACCUUAAUCAACACCAGAGAGUUCAUACUGGAGAGAAACCCUAUGAAUGUAAUGAGUGUGGGAGAACCUUUAGCAGUAGGUCAUCCAUUGCUCAGCAUCAGAGAAUUCAUACUGGAGAGAAACCCUAUGAAUGCAAUGAAUGUGGAAAAUCAUUCACUCGAAGUACAAUACUUGUACAACACCAAAGAAUUCAUUCUGGGGAGAAACCAUAUAAAUGUAAGCAAUGUGGGAAAUCAUUCACUGACAAGUCAACAAUUUUUCAACACCAGAAAAUUCAUGCUAGAGAGAAGCCCUAUGAAUGUCAUGAAUGUGGGAAAUGCUUCAGUCAGAUUUCAUACCUUGUUCAACAUCAGAGAAUUCAUACAGGAGAGAAACCCUAUGAAUGUAAUUAUUGUGGGAAAGCCUUUGGCAAUAGAUCAUCCAUUAUUCAACAUCGAAGGAUUCAUACUGGAGAAAAGCCUUAUGAAUGUAAUGAAUGUGGGAAAUGUUUUAAUCAGAUUUCAUACCUUACUCAGCAUCAGAGAAUUCACACUGGAGAAAAACCUUAUAAAUGUAACGAAUGUGGGAAAGCCUUCAGGUGGGGUACACACCUUACUCGACAUCAAAAAACUCAUGCAGAAGGGAAGCUUCAUAAAUAUAAUUAGCAAGUAUUCAUUAAGCACCUUACAUAGCAAUUUUAUGUGUGUAGAAAGAUACAACUGGAAGAGCUCACAAUCUAGAAGGGAAUGAUGAGAGGUCUAAAUAGACAAACAUAAGUUAGAAUGGGAAAAGUAUCUAUCCUGCUUUGGUCUGGGAGGCUAGGGCAAUAGGAGCAUUAGGGUAUUGGUGGGUGGGCAGUACUCAUUCAGAAAGGAUAAACCUUAGGAAUAGCUCAUCCAAGAUAAAAUGAGAAAAAAUCAGAAAUUGUGAAUCAGGUUGGAUCUACCUGUAUAAACAAAACCAAAACUAUGAAGUACCAGGUGGUGAGCAAGUAUCACUAGUAACUUAAUUGGAGGGUAGGGAUAAAACUUGCAUAUUUAAAGCAGGCAGAGACACGAGGCAAUGAAGGUGGAUCUGGUGUCCUUGAUGAUGUGGUUUUAUGAGGUACAUGCAUCUCAGUUUGGCAACUGCUAAAGAGUGGCAUCUCCUUCCCUGUUUACAUCAAACUUUUGGGGAUGUAACUGCAGCUUUGGGGAUUCCAACUGCAGCUUCCAAAAGAAUUUCAGUUAUUUUCUUCAAAACAGUUUACAGGUACCUUCACCAAACUACUCACAAUAAGGUUAUCAAUUUUGAUAUGUGUAGUACCCUAUACACAUUUGUCUUUGACUCUAUUCAUCUGUUCAACUAAGUUCCAGUGCUUACAUUGAGAAAGAAAAUUAAAUAUUAUUAUACUACAUAUGUUGUAGCAGGAACUUGUAGGGCAGGAGAAACCAAUUUGACCAUUGGGGUUGAAGUUACGCAUGGGUCUAGUGUUUUGGCAACUGCUGAUGUCCUUCACAAAGAAGGUUUGAAAGUUAUUGCUGCAGUAGGACUGCUGGUCACAUAGUCCUGGGGGAGGGGAUUGCUACAAAACCUAAAUGAAAGAGCAUGGUCAUCACCUAUACAUUAUGUUUAUUGAAGAAGACCCUGAAUUGUCUUGGGCAGUUUUUUUUUAAAAGCCCUCAAGAUGGUUUUAAAACUGAAGAAAUGUUUUCAAGAGCAAAAUGAUUGUGCAUCUGCAAAGGAAACUUGCAAAGAACUUUCAUUUGUUGUACAUGCCCUGCUGUCUGGGACCCAUCUUGCUGAUUUAAAACUUCUUGGUUGAUACAAUAGAAGCAGACCAAUGUGGUUCUUUCUGCUGAUAUUAUAAAGGCCAAGGAGCUGUUGCAGCAGUGGCCACUCAAGCUGCCAGCAGGACUUAUGUAGAAUGAUUUUACUCUAGAGAUCAUGAAGGAAUCAAAAGCUCAGUGGAACUCCUUGAGUUCAUUAACAUUUGAAGACUGGAAACAUGUAGACAUAGGAAACUAAUAAAGCAGUGUGAAUAGUGUUUUAUAAAGUAGCUUCUGGGACUGAUCUAGGAAAUGCCCAUGUAGUGUCAGGCUUGGGAAUGAUGAACAGCUUGAGAGAAGUAGGCCUAUCAUUUCACUGGAAUUACUUUCUGAUCUCUAAGAUGAACUCCUUUUGAUUAUUUGCUACUAAAUCAAAGAUGAAAGAAGAUGAAUUUUUUAAAGAUGAGGUUUAUUUAGUAUUUGUAAAUUAUUUUAUUUUUUUGUUCAAAAGUGAGCAGGAAACUAGAAUUUGUUCAUUUGACUCAAGGGAUCAAAGUACAAACUGAAGGGAAUAAUCUUAGCCAACAAAUGUUAACUUGGAAUCAGGGUGUCCUGGGUUCAAAUUCUACUUCUCAUAGCCUUUUUACUCUGGACAAGUCAUUUUAACCUCUGUAAGCCCAAGUUUCCUCAUCUUUAAAGUGAGGGGGUUGGACUAGAUGGCCUCUGAGGUCCUUUCCAUCUCUAAAUCUAGGUUCUUUUGAUUCUGUAUGAUAUCCCACAGGAAGUUAAUGGCAAAUGAUAACUAAUAACCACUAUUGUGGGUUGAAAUAUGUUAGUAGCUUUCUAGAAGGAGCUAAAAUAUCUAGAAAACCUGCCUGGGAAGUCUACUUGUGUAGCCAUGGUGUUUUUGUCUUUCAGAUUUAAGGUCUUAACUGUAUUUCUCCUGAAAUUAACCUUACCUGAGACAAAAGCUAUCUCCAAUGCCACUCAAGUUUAAGAGCCUAGAAAAAUACCCAGGGAGUUGAGUAUUUAAUGGUUUGGAGCCACUUUGUUUCAGUUAAUGCUGUAUAAAAUGAAAAGGAACUCUGAUUGGCUUGGUCAUAUGGCUGGCAAGCCCGAGAACUAAAUCAGAUGGAAAAAAGCACUAUAGUAGGGUUCAGGGAUUCCUGUGAGAGAGAAAUGGGAUUAAAGUGGAGACUCUGAGGUUUAGUAGUGAUCAGCACUUUUUUCAAUUUAGCCUCUGACCGUUGGAGAUUUGUAUUUACACGGCCAGUGCUUGCUUUCAUUCCUUAAUCUUUUGUGGUUAUGCUAUUUAUAAACUCCAAUAAGUAUAUUUAAAAAAAGGAAAAAAUUCUGUGAGAUUGAGAGAUUGAGAAUCUCUGGCUAGGGGAAUCAAGGAAUACUUCAUGGAGGGAAGGCAGCAUUUGAACCGGCCCUUAAAGGAGAUCCAGGAUAUUAAUAGGUGGAGAUCAUGAGGGAGGGUGUUCAGCUUCAAGAAACAUUGAAGAACCUAUUACAUGUAGGAUACUAACUGCCAAGUUAUGGGAGAGAUUCAAAGGUUUAAGUAAACCAAGUCCUCUGCCCCAGUGGGGCUUGCAUUUUAGUGGGAAUAACAUGAUCAAAGUCAGCUACAGAAAAGUAUAUGGUGGGUUCAGGGAUGGUGAGUUGUCCAGUUUAACUGGACUACAGUAUGUGAAAUGUUAGAUAGUUUGAAUCAGAUUGCAAAGGUCUUUGAAUGCCAGGCUAAGGAGUUUGGACUUAACUUUGAAGGAAAAGUGGGGCUCUUGAAAGAUUUUAAAGUGAUACAGUCUGACCUAUGCAUUAGAAAAAUUAAUCUAGCAGUUGUGCGUAUGAUAGGUUGGAGGAAGGAGAGACCAGAGACCAUUGCAAUGAGUUGUAAUGAGGAUCUGAAGCAGUAGUAAUACAGAUAGGGCUUGGUGGUUGAGUGGAUGUGUGAAACAAGGGAGGGAUCUGUUAACAAUAAAAUGGUGGUGCCAUUGGCAAGUUAAGUGUGAUUUAGUUCUCAGAACCUUGUAGGAUCCAGACUUGUGGCACCUUCUGGAUCUACCCGGUUGUGACCAGGUCACCUGCAAUAUUGUUCAUGUUCCCAUAGACUGAUAUCCCUUAUCAUAUAGUUCCCAGUGGAGGGUACAGGCAUUCCCCCUGCAAUGCUACUGCCAUAAGGGUAUAAGCUCUAGUCUUUUGAUAGCUCUUAACAUCCUGUUAGUCCCCAGCUUUACUCCUAUAUGGUUCUCUUUCUUAUACUUUGGCCUACAAUAAGGCCAUACCUUAAUGUAAUCUUUUCACACUGCCAUUAACUAAUAUAGUUAAAAUUUUGGAAAACUUUUGGGUUAAGUUCAGGCUUCAUCAUACAUUGGAGAUUUCAGCAAAGAGUAGUAUGGAAAGGAAGAGAAUGAAUGCAAUACUUCCUGGUGGAAGCUGUCAGCCUCUCGGCUUAGUUGGUCACUGAUAAGGGAAAAAAAGAGAUUGACCCCAGCUGCAUUUGGAAGGUGCUUCUUAACCUUCUACUGAUUCCAGAUGCCAGAAAGAUUUUCUGACCAGAGUUCUCUGCAUUCCAUGAAUUUCCAAUUGAAUGAACCAAAAUUUCCCUGACAAUUUCUUAUUUGUUGAAGCCUUUCCUACCAUGGCAGCACCACUGUUAAUAGAAGUGAGCUCCUUAUUGAAUGACUGAAUAUUUUAUCACUGGACUUAGAAAUAUUUGCAGAGUGGUCCAUGCCAAGCUACUGACAGAUUUAUGUCCACAUACAAGAUAUGGCUCAGCACUUAACUAAUGGCUUGUCAUGUGCAAUCUGUUCCUAGGCCAAGGACCCCAUCAGGAAUUCUGGUGGGUUGUUACAGUUUCUUGCACUCUUGUGACCUUGGUUCUUGGCUUUGGAUUGUAUUACAGAACUUUUAUCAUCCCAGGGUGAGGGAAGCAUUCUCGCAGUGCUAAAAUUGACUAAAAUGGCAAGUUUCCACUGCUUCAGAACCAGUGCAAAUAGUCUUUCAGGAAAUAAUUUCAUCUUCAUGGACUGCUCAUGUAUAUUGUAUUGUUUUUAAUCAUGGGCCAUAACCCACUAAAAAGAUUAUGGACCACAAAUGACUCUUUUCUCUACCCUGCACAUCAAACUUCAUCUUUCCACCAAAUACCAUUCUCCCCCCCUCCACUCCACCUUGGACUAACAACCAGAUGAAGAGAACCAACUUUACCUUGGAGCAGCUCUCCAGUUUUAUCAUUAGACCAAUUGGCCCUUCUUAGUAGCUAUUGCUAAAAUCUGUUUCAGCAGAUAUUCAUGUUUCUACUCAGAACAUACCAUUUUUCUGAACUUACAAGUUCCACUCAAUUCUUAUUUUUUUUGGGGGGGGGGCAAUGAGGGUUAAGUGACUUGCCCAGGGUCACACAGCUAGUGAGUGUCAAGUGUCUGAGGCCAGAUCUGAACUCUGGUCCUCCUGAAUCCAGAGCUGGUGCUUUAUCCACUGUGCCACCUAGCUGCCCCUCCACUCAAUUAUUUUCAUCAUAUUUGAUUCAUACCACUAUUUUAGAAGUCAACAACUACUUGGAUAAAUUGGAAGAUGUCUCCUUAUACUUGCAAAAUCUCUAAUUUACAAAUGGGUUAUUGACCACCUGACAGCUCUUCCCUGAAGGCUGGGCUGUCUCCCAGAGACUCCCAUACUAUCUGACCAUCUCAGAAUCUGGAUGUCAGGAAGAUUGGGCCUUUCCUAAUAUUAUAAGUAGUGAGUUUGGUGGCCUUCCAAGUAAAGCUUCCUGAUGCCAUGUGGAUAAUACCUGGUCUUCUAUCAAUCACUGCAUCUUAAGGCCCAAUGUCUCUAUCUCUUGAAACUUCAUGCUCAUAUAGUUUUCACCUCUGGUAUCCACGAUCAGCCUUUAUUUUGUGGCCCAUGAGUAUGUGACUGGAGGAGCUUCCACCAUUACAUGUGGAAAGGAUUAUCAGAAACAUAGGAAUCUAUGGUUCCUUCCUACUACCAAAAAAAGCCUAUGAGAUAAGCCUUGAUCAGAAUUCAAGAGCAGGAAGGGACUUCAUCCUUUGGGGUUUGAAAGCUCUUGCAUUCUGUUCUUAUUGCAGACUCCUACCUUUGCCCCCAAACUUUACUCUGGUUAGUUUGUUAUGCUUUGGCCCACAGUUAUCCAUCAACUCAGUCUUUUCAUACUGCCGUUAACAAGUUAAAAUUUGGGGAAACUUCUAGGUUUUUAGUUCAGGUUUCAUGAUACAUUGGAGAUUUUAGUGAAGAGAAGCCAUGGAAAUGAAGUGAAUGAAAGGAAAUCUUCAGAUAUAUUUAGUAAAUAUUGUGGAGUCUUAGACAUUGUUUAUUACUAACCAUGGUUCAGAGGUAGGAGUGGUUCAUCUUCCCCUCUUCCCCUCUUCCCCACUCUUUUAUUUCUGUUUUCCCUUUCUAAAGAUACUGGUCACUUAAAAGUAGCAGUGCAAAGUGUACUGAUCUGAUUUUUUAACCACUAAAUUUCAAUCUUCCUAAAAAUCUAUUUAUAGAAAAUUUAGUUUUCAUAAUAUCAAUAUAACAAAAUAUUUUAGAGAAAAAGAACUAAAAUUUAAUAGUCCUUGUAUUUACUAGAAAUGUUUCUGUUAAUAAGAUUUUUUUAAAAAUCUGGGAACAAUGUUAUAAUAGGAUGUCAUAUUUUUAACUUAAGGACCCAAUUCUUUAUAGCUAUGUGGUAUAUGCAUGAUAUCAAGCUUAGUAACUGUGUUAAUUUAGUAAAUAAGCAAUGUUCUGAGUGUGGUUACUUUAUCUACUAAUGCAGAUCAAAACACCUUUUCUGCCUUCUCUGAUACAAUCUUUGUCUAUUUUUUCCCCAUAAAUCCUGUGUUGUUCUCUCAGCCUUACUUGACUAUGGGAAUAGCCAAGGGAUGUGGCUGAAUCUCCCAUGGCUAAGGAGUAUUGUGUUGCGGUUGGCUUUGGAGCCAAGAGCCUUCUCUUAGCAUGAUUACAUACUACCUGGGCAAUGGUUUUCAUUUCUCUGGGCCUCAGUUGCCUCAUUUCUAGAGAGGGAUUUGGAUGUCCACUAAGCAAUUCACUAAACACUUUUUCAGUUCUAAAUUGAUGAUCCUUUGUCACAGUCUCUAUGAAGAUAGUUUGCCAAGUGGCCAGACCAAGAUGGGAAAACAUACUUUAACAAUAAAGUCUGUCAAUUAGGGACUAGAAGCAAGAGGUGAAUUAUAUGGAUCAGAAAGGCCACCAUUGGACUAAUAAGUAUGAAAUCAAAUAAGUGUUAAUGGAAGCAUUUUUAGAGACUAGAAAAGUAGAUUAGCAGUGUAGGAUCAAUAAGGAGAAAAUCAAGUGAAAGUUCAAAGAAACUGGAUAUCCAGACAAAUGAAGCUUUAACAAAAAUUCAUGCAGAGCUUCAUAUUCAUUGUGGCAAAUGUUGUAGUAUAUAUGGUAUGGUAAGCCUUCCCUUCUUGUUCUAGUGAUGGGCAUCAGCCUACUAUGUGAGUUUCCUCCUAAGAAAAACUCUGGGGCCUGGACUUAGUAAAACAGUACCAGGUGAAGGUUUUCAAUUAGGAAGCAGAAAAUAAAUACGCCAUUUCCCAGGUUCUUCCAUCUAAAUCAUAUCCUUCCCACCUACCUGUACCAUGUCUUGGAGAGAGCCUUCAUGCUCAUCAUGCUAUAGGUUCAUAGAAUUAGAGCUGGGGCCCUUGUGAGACUAACCUUUUUUUGCCAAGGAACUUUGUGAUCUUCCAAAAGCACAGGCAUUGUGCUGUGAGAGCUGUCCAAAGGGAAAGCUGGGAUUUAUAUGUGUGUUCAGUUUAGCAAGAUUUGAAUGGAACCUGGGAGUUGCAAUGGGUAGGUUACAGGACUUCCCACCUACUUAAUAGGAAAGGGGCAUAAGGCUUGGUAUCCACUAUUAUUCUUAAAGAUCUGCUCAUGCAGAGAAUUAUUAGUCAUACUCGAUUCUUUAAAUGUAUGAAUUCUGUAGCUGUCAGCCUACCAUUUAUAUUUGGCAUCUUUUUUUUGUGGGGCAGUGGGGGUAAAGGGACUUGCCCAGGGUCACACAGCUGGUAAGUGUCAAGUGUCUGAAUCCGGAUUUUAUCCACUGUGCCACCUAGCUACCCCCUAUAUUUGGUAUCUUGCAGUUUUUAGGUGAAUUUAGUCUUCUUUCAUUUUCCUCCAAUAUUAUAGGGGCUGAGUUUUAGGGGUGUGGUGGGAAUUGAGGAUGAAAUUAACAAGGAGAACAGAAAGUGUAACUGGAGAUAAUAUUCCAGAACCUAGUUGGUAAUUGGAUUGUGACAAGUAAUAGAGGAGUUAAUUUUUUUAAUGGCUAGUAAUGGAUUUGUUAACAUCAUUAAAAGAGCAGGGCACACAUCUAACUAAAAAAAUAAAUAAAUUUCAUAUAAACCUAUGAUGAGUUUUAGAUGAAUUGUCUGGGAUAUACCCAAUCACUUUAUUCUUAUUUCUUGGUUCUGGUACAGUUGAAUGUGGAGGACAUUCUCAUUUGGAUUAGCUCAAGUUCUGUGAUCAUUUAGGACUAUUCUCAACAUGAGUGUGCAUGGUUAAAUAGUGUUCUCUUUAAGUACGUCACUACUAGUGUGCAAUGAACAGCAUAGGGUUUGAUGGAGAAUUACUACCUGUGGCCUUUGAUUUGAGUGGCCAUUGAGUUAUCACUUGGCCCACAAAAGAGGUUGAAUAGGUGCUUUCAACAUUAUCAGCCAAUAAAUUUGUCACCCAGCAGGGAAGAGUCUAGUUUGGUAGGCUUUGCACUUGCUUCUGUUAUGACAGGAAGAAGACUGUGCCACAGAUGUAUGCCAUCUUGAGGAACAGGAAUCCCUUGGUGCACAUGGAAUUGCAGAAAGAUUACAUCAGCUUGAAGCUUGUCAACCCUUUUCCAAAGAAGAUCAAAGUCUGUUGACAUCUGAGAUGUCAUAUUAUCCAUUUUGAUGGCUAAUAUUUUAAGAGUUGAAACAAUAUUAACUCCUGACAAACCUUAUGUCAUCACACAGGUCCAGAUAAUUUGUGUCACUGAGAAGCCAUAAUGGGGAAGGAAGUUCUUCUCUCUUUUUAUGUGCUUGACAGCACUCAAUGGCCUGGGAGUGAGAGUUAGCCCUCAGGUCCAAUUUGAUGGGAUAGCUCCAGAGUUGAGUCAUGCCUUCUCAGGGCCAUCUAGUUACUUGGAUGGAUGGUGACUCGACCUGGAUGGUGGUGAACAGGGCAGAAUAAAAAGAUGACACAAACUUAGAGUCUCUGUUCCAAAGUGUAACUGGACUGUCUCCCUAAGGAACAGAGAUAUUCUUAAUGUGAUGUUGGAUACAGUGGGAGAGUUAGUUUAGGGGGUGAAGUGACAAUCUUCAUGAUAAUGCUAUCAACUUGCAACCAUUUUAUGACAAUGGCACUAGUUUCUAUCACCAUGUUUUGGGUGGUGACAGUUCGAUUGUCAUGGACUUCAGGGAAAUCACAUGCUUGGUAGUGUGUAUAGGCAUCAUGGGGUUUCCCAAAAGAAGCCUUUACUUGGGUACAGAUUUAUUGGCUAGCUAAAACUUGUUUGCAACACUCAAUGCUUAUCAGAUAUUCUUAUGUUUCUGUGCCUAUAACAUUGAAAUAUUGAAUUUGGCCAGUUGAAUCCAAGCCAGAUAUUUUCUUUAUUAGCUGAGAACCUACACUGGUAGAUCGUUUAUCUUAUUGGCCAGGCUCUCCUUGCCCCCACCCCAAAAGGGCAUAAAAUGUUCCAACUAAUGGGUGAAGAGUAGAAUUUGAAAUGACCAAUUGAAUGUUGCUCCAGACUCUAGAAAGACAAGUACUUAGAUGUAGAGGACACUCAACCAGAAGCUGCUGGCUCUUUAAAUGCCCAACCUUGAAAUCCAUUUGAUCCAAAGUUUAUUGGUGUCCAGUGGACACCAGAGAGACUCUGCAGGAAGCUCUGUUGAAAAAAAUUAUAAGAGACCAUCACCAAAGUACCAAUCUUAAAUGAGUGGUAUGUGCUUGUUGCAUUGUUACUGCUUUUCAAGCCCGUAAUAGAUGCUGUAAGAUUUGAAACCUAAAUAUUG